AUGGGUUGUUCUCUAUCUUCAAAGAAAAAUCAAAUAAAGCUCUAAUCUCUUUAAUUGCAAUCGAACUCAACAGCAAUCUAAUAAGAAUAAGAAUCUGAAGAAUUAGCUAUUUUAAACUAACUAUACAAAGAAAAGUUUUAGAUUUAAAAGAAUCCAAUAGUGCAAAGAAGAGCUCAUUCUGCAACUCCAAGCAUUUCAGGAUUUGAUAGACAAGCCGAAUUAUAGAAUUCGUUGGCCUAGAGAUAACUAUCUUGA